AUGCUGGAAAGAGAGGGGGAAGAACCAAAGGCAGCACUUGAACCGGCCGAGGAGAGCAAGCUCAGUGAUGAUAUGCGAGAGCUGUACGAUCGGCUGCUACCUUCGCCUGAAAGUGAUGUAAGAAGAAGGAAAUUCGUCAAAAAGCUGGAGCGUAUCCUGCGGGAAGAGUGGCCAGGGACCGACUUCCAAGUCCACGUUUUUGGAUCUUCUGGCAACAUGCUCUGCACAAGCGAUUCUGAUGUCGACGUUUGCAUUCAAACGCCGAUGAAGAAGCUUGAAACCGUGCACAUGCUAGCUGAGGCACUCGCUAAACAUGGCAUGGAGAAGGUCGUAUGCGUGCCCUCUGCCAAAGUUCCAAUAGUGAGGAUAUGGGACCCCGAGCUCAGGCUUGCAUGCGAUAUGAACGUCAACAACACACUUGCACUGGAAAACACGCGUAUGAUUAAAACAUAUGUACAGAUAGACGAGAGGGUGCGGCCAUUGGCUAUGAUCAUCAAAUACUGGACGAGUCGGAGGAUUCUGAAUGAUGCAGCAUUUGGCGGAACGCUAAGUUCUUACACCUGGAUAUGCAUGAUCUUGAACUUUCUUCAGACUCGUGAACCUCCAAUCCUACCUGCACUCCACCAGAUACUAGAUCAUCGAUCCGUAAACGGAACCGGACAAAGUUCGGACUUUGCCGACGACCUAGAUGCCUUGCGUGGUAUCGGAAGCGCAAACACCGAGACCUUGGGGCAGCUGCUUUUCCACUUUUUCCGGAGGUACGGCCACGAGAUCGACUAUGGUGCUUCAGUGGUGUCUGUCAGGCACGGUAGACUGCUUACAAGGCAAGAGAAAGGUUGGGACAUCAACAGUCUGACUAAGGAGGCUCGCAACCGCAUCUGCGUUGAGGAGCCCUUUAACACCUCAAGAAACCUCGGCAACUCCGCUGAUGAGACUGCUUCUCGUGGGAUCCAUCUUGAGAUACGGCGCGCGUUCUCACUGUUAGCCGACGGAGGUCAACUUGACGCUUGCUGCGAGCAAUACCAAUUUCCUCCACAGGAAAAGGUUACCUUUAUCAAACCAGUGCAAGCAGCGAAACCAGUGUUGCUCCAAAGCGAUUUGCCAACAAGGGAGGGCCGUUCGGGGGGCGGUUCAAGAGGCGGCAAAAGCAAUUUCAAUCAGAAGCACAAUCAUGGCUUCCGGCGAGCAUCCAGUGGAGCCUCUUUCGGGAACCCUCGAUAUCCAAAUCCUCCAUACUCGAACCCACAAAGCCCACCCAUUUCUCUACUUGGCUCCGAGUAUUUUGCUCGUGGGGACAUCCAUAAUCAACUGUACCAGCAGUACCAGCUCUUGGAGAGGCAGAAGGCGCAGCUACUCGCUCAUACACAGGCUCAUGCUCAAGUUGCCUCACAGGGACUGGCAUGGCAUAGCAACACGACAAACGGCUCGCCGCAGAAGACACCGUACCUGAACGGCCACGCUGGCCUUCAUGCUUUAGACAAUCCCCCUGCAACCGCGCCACUGGUACCUGGGUUUCUUUACCAUUAUCCGGCAGUCUUCGAGCAAGCACAGUCAACAUCAGAGUCAUCAUCUCGAGAAGGUGUUAGGACAAAUCCGUCGUCGCCGGCAAUAGCCGCUAGUGUGCCUCUUCGAAGAGUGCCGCAUCGCCCGUCAAUGGCUACUGAAUCCCCCUCCGCCUCUGUUAGAUCUCAGUCACAGCCCGCGCGCACGGUCAUCGGCCAUCUCGUUGCUGAGGGAUACCCAUCGGUACCGGUGUACGAUUCGACUGUCAUGGCUGGUUACCCUACCGCAGGGUCUUAUCAGGAAGCUCAUGCGGUUCAGAGCAACGUAGACAUGGCACAGAAUGCGGCUUCCAACUACCCCGUCGGUAGCCCAGUUGGUGACUAUGGUAUGCCACGGGAGUAUGUUGGCUAUUUAAUUGACAACUCCUCUCGAGCUCGUCCGCCGUUCCAUCAGUUUGCAGUGCCGCAAAUCCCUCCUUAUAGGGAACAUGCAGCACGCCGGCAUAGGCUCAGUCCUGACAGAGGACAGUCUUUGAUGGGCGAGUCUCCAAGGAGAAUAUCAAGAUCUCCGUCUCCACUAGGACAUUCUCGAUACUACUCGACGGACAAUUCCUCUGCACCGUUGCCGCCACCGGCGUUACCACGAAGCGUUCGAGCAGACUCCGUCCAGCCGAGGCAACCACAGGGUCUUGCGAUCGCUAAUGGCUCCUCUCCUUGGGUAUCUGCGCAGUCACGAGACAUUGGCAGCAUCAGUGAGAGCUUUGAUGCCCUGGCUUUGGGUGAUCACGCAUCUCAAUCCUCCCUGCAAGAAGAUUCGCACAGUCAUAACCUUGUAGGGUCAACACAGCAGCCUCCUGUCAAUGGUGAUUCCGUGUUUCGACAGAUACCGACCCUGGAUGUCAGGAAUGAAGCUAUUGGCUACAGCCCAAUCAAAGCAAUCCAGCCGGAAAUCCUUUCCUCCGUUGGGCAUCGCGAUCGGUUCCCGGCUUUGACAGAGGCUCUCCCGCUAGGCGCUCCAUCCGGAGCCGAGGAAGAUAGCUCUCGAUACCAAGAGAAUUUGUCUCCUAAGUCGCAUCACCAACCUGGGUGGCCGGCGGAUUCAUUGCGGGAAACAUACCCAAAGCCCCUGGACCUUUCGAAGAGCUCGGUGACAGCAUCACAUGACAGCCCGUCAACGAACAUGCCUCUGCUCUCACCAGUUAUUGAAACUCGAACGCCACCACCUACGGCGAACAGGAAAUUCGAAGCAAGCACCGAACGUCCUAUGAACGGGCCUGACCUACACAGUAACAUGCCGAACGGGAUUGGAACCAAGCCAUUUCCGACAAUACCGCUGAAAGACCAAGACGCCGCCUCGCAAUCCAAUCAGCCGAGUAAAGGUUGGCCUCUAUCUGGUGACAAGCCGAGCAAAGACAACGCGUCCGCAGCUUCGCAUGUCAAUGGCUGGGAGAAACCAAAGGCUGGCAGAAAAGGUGGACGGAAGCACGCAUCGUCGGGGGCAAAUAAGAGUGCAGCAGAGAUCAAGCCACGGGGCCAGACGAUGCCAACUAACGAAGCUGAACGCAAGGGCGGCUGA